CGCUGUUUACAAGGAGACAGCAGGCGGAACGUCCGAGUUCAUGCACGUGAGGCUUUAAUAAUCUUGAUUUUUAAUUCAGUUUUGUGCUUUUUUAUGCGUAUUAAAGUUAUCCGGAGUUGUUUUAGUGACUGUACAGGAGGAGUGUGUGAAGUUACCCGCGGUGUUUGGACGUGUACACACUUAUUUGGCGUGAGAGGAGAAGAUGCAGAGUUUAUCGGUCCAGGCUCUGACCCUGCGCCAGCUCGGGAGACUCACGUCGCUGCAGGUUCCGUGCGCGUGGCACGGCGCGAGUUUAUUGCUGCGCUGUCCGCGAGCGCUCCACGCACGUCAGCUCUGGGGCCCGAGCGCUCCUCUGGUUCAGCGCUCGGCCGCACUCUUAAAGCACCGAGGCGCCGCGCGCGGUCCGCCCUACCAGCAAACACGCUUUAAGGGCUAUAAGAAGAAAAAGGGGCGAGCUGGAAGUGCUCAGGAGGAAGAGGACGAAGAAGAAGAGGAAGAGGAUCCGGAGGCCAGCGAUUACGAGGACGAGCUGCAGGAGGAUCCCAGUUUACCCAAAGACUAUAAAGAUCACCAGAAAGCAGUUCAGUCGCUACGCUUCGACCUCGUGAUGAAGACGGGACUCGACGUCGCCAGGCAUAAAAUCGAGGAUGCUUUCUACGACCACAAGCUGAGGCUGAACGGACAGAAGCUCAUAAAGAAAAGCAAAACUGUGAAAGUGGGAGACACGCUGGACCUGAUCGUCGAGGAGGACAAAGAGAAGGACGAGGUGACGCUGAAGAGAGUCGUCCUGAAGAAGAUCGUGGGAGAAACGAACGACGGAGAGAAACAGAAAGUGCUGCUGCGAAGCUGGAAACAUCUCCAACUUCCCAAACGAGACGCCUUCAGAGAAUAAGCAACGUUACGAUGAACCUUCUGACGUGUUUGGGGGUUCCCCCCCCCCCUCCCGCUCUGUUCUGGAAAGACGUCAUAGUUGACAACUGACUGAAUUUAAUCGACGUUGUCUCAACAUUGUAGGGAUUUCACUCGUGAGAUAGAGUCGAGGAACUUGUACAGGAUUAUUUAUGGGUCUAACAGUGAAAGCUCAUCUUGUGUGGUUUAAAAUAUUUUGCAUAUACCACGUAUUAAAUGUUCACUUCACGGCAAGUGGCUGAUCUUUUCAUCAUCGCGUCAUCCAAUAAGGCGCAGUGCUGCUCAGCAUUAAACCUAAAACCAUUUCUAACGAUUUAACAUUUGAUGUACAAUGGUGUUUUCACUUUAUUGAUAGCCAAUAAUGUUCGAAAAUUCCCCAGAUUUCCAGAACCGUCUUCGAGAAGAACACCAGCACCAUCACAUUCACAUGUGCUAAUUCUAAUGGUUAUAAAGACACACAACUGAAACGAAUACCAAUCUCAUCACUGACGCUCCGUCCCAAACCCGAAAUGUUCGUUUCGUUCGUUAGAAAAGCCUUUGGACUGGUGAGGGAUCGCGUCGACAUGACUACAUAACACGUGUACAGUAAAGUGACGAGUUCACUUCCAGAUCUGAAACAACAAAAAAUUAUAAUAAAAAAUGCUUUGUAUAAUCUGUAGACCAGAGCAAUUU